AUGAAUGUGAAUAGCAUUGCUAAUCAAUAUAAUUAUAUUCCUAGUUCUGUAUGUGUAGAUGGACAAAAAGGAGAGUUUUGUACUGAAGGAAAUUAUUCUUUUCUCCCUCCUUAUUAUGAAUCUAUUAUAUCACAUCUUCUUAAUCGGUCAGAAUUAAAUCGUGAGCUAGAUAUAAGCUUUCUUCUCCCCUGCUCACAGAAAACUGAGCACCCAUCUUCUAAGGAAGCUAUUGCCAUGAGUCCAUUGCCUGCCUGUGGCUUUGGUAACACAAACCAAUUCCACAAUGAACAACUACAAGCUAAGAGGGCUAGAGUGGAAAAUAUUAUCCAGGGAAUGAGUAUCAUGCCAAACCCAGUAAUGUCCGAUACUCUGGGGGAACAGGAUCACAAUUUUGAGAAAGGAAAGGAAAGCAGUAGACAGAACAAGAGGAAGCAGAAACUUCCUCAACAGCAAAGUUUGCCAGGAAUUUCCCUAACAAGACCUCAUAGAAGCAGCAUCUCAGCAGAAGAAUUCCUUCAGGUGAAGAAGCAGCUCCAUGCUUUGCAACAUCAGUUGAAGCAACUUGGGGAGAGGUUUCUUCAACAUGAUGAGGAAAAUGAUUCUGAUCCAAGCCAAGAAAGUAUAGAGAGAACUUUGGGCUUGUUGAAGAAGUAUGGUGGAAAGACAGACACCAACGGUCAAGUGUUGUGUUACGACCAACAUGAAGAUUAUUUAUGGAAAAGCACACCCAGAGUAAGAGACCUUGUGCUGUCAGAGAAAGAAGAAAGAGGCAUUCAAAAUUUGGAAGAAAAAACACUUUCAGAAAUAUUAAAACAAGAAUUAACACAAGUAAUGAUACACGCUGUAGAUUCUGUUUUGAAAAAGAUCUUGCCUAAAUCAUCGAGCCUUCCAUCUCAUUUGCCCAAUAAUUCCAUAGGGACAGCUCUUGGAAGAAAUAUACCCAGUAAGUGGCUUCCUAAGAUCUCUUCUCCUAAAGGUCCUAUAUCACUAAUCACAGAAAAAUCUCCAGGCUUUCCUAUUCAUUCCAUCCAUACAAAAACGGAGAGAAAACCUUGCCAGGCACCAGAGAAUUACCCCUUGAUCUUGACCUCUGAAGUUCAAGAAAAUGGCGUUCUUAGUCAAAUGCUAUUCUGUGGUCAAAAAGGCCAUUGGGAGAGUCCUCCUCCAAGAAUGGCAUCUCCUGAGUCUUCAGAAGUGCCAUGGCAACCAAUCAAACCAUCAGGCAUGAAACAAUAUCCACCUCGCUUGGAAAGUUUGGCUUCUCUUCCUUCUACAAAUGCAAUGUUUGCUGAAAUGCAUGCCAUGGUGGAUGGAGUGUACUUCUCAGCAAGAAAUAUAUCCUUUAGGGAUUAAAUCCACGAAGCAUUGACCCCAGGCCAUCUGAAAAAGGCUAAACUGAUGUUCUUCUUCUCACGCUAUCCCACAUCUUCCCUGUUGAAAGCUUAUUUUCUAGAUAUACAGUUUACUCGCUGUAUCACCUCCCAGCUCAUCAAGUGGUUUAGCAAUUUUCGUGAAUUUUAUUACAUCCAGAUGGAAAAAUUUGCAAGGCAAGCUCUCUUGGAAGGAAUUACAGAAUUCAGCGAUCUUAUUGUUACCAGGGACUCUGAGCUCUUCCGGAUCCUUAAUGUCCAUUACAACAAAGGCAAUGAUUUUGAGGUUCCUGAUGGUUUCUUGGAUGUUGCCAGUCUGACCCUUCAGAAGUUCUUUAGUGCUGUCAGAGCAGGGCAGGAUUUGGAUCCUUCCUGGAAAAAAACAAUUUACAAAAUAAUUUCCAAACUUGAUAGUGAGAUCCCAGAUAUAUUUAAAUCCUCUAACUGCCCUAAGGAAUUCACCCAAGAUUAAUGUACAAUGACCAUAGAAUAUGACUGAAAUGAUUCUACAUUUACUGUUGUGUAAGUUUUGACCGUAUACUAACCCAACAGUUUCUCUGAAUCAUCAGAGAAAGCAUGAUCAGUAUUCUAAUAUUCUAUAAAUAUAUGAAAGGGACAUUUUGGGUCUGUCUACAGAAACGUUUUCUGGUGUAUCCUUAGAUGCAUGUUUUAUUACUUAUUUA